AUGCACUCUGCUCCAGUGACCCACUUCUCUGGAGUCGGCUCGGUGUCUCCCCAGGGUGCUCGACAUAACCAACUCCAGUCCCCGGCGUCUCCUCGUCUCUCGUACCAAUUAAAGUCAGAAGGCUUGUUGGUUUUGUUCCACAACGGCAUCCCCUUUGUUGGAUUUGGUUUCCUUGACAAUGCCAUCAUGAUCGCAGCAGGAACACAGAUCGAACUCUCCAUCGGAGUCACCCUGGGGAUCUCCACCAUGGCUGCCGCGGCUCUGGGGAACCUGGUUUCAGAUCUGGCGGGUCUCGGUCUUGCAGGUUAUGUGGAGGCUCUAGCUUCCAAACUGGGGAUGCAGGGUCCAGAUCUGACCCCCGAACAGAUGCACAUGUGGCAGACCAAGUUCAGCUCUCACAUGGGCAAAGCCAUCGGCGUCACCAUCGGCUGUAUUUUGGGGAUGUUCCCGCUGUUUUUCCUGGAUGACGAGAAGGAGAAAGAAGCACGACCCUGCAGUGACACGGCGUCCUCCUAACGAGCCGCUACAGUCACAGACUGGAUACUGCUAAUGUCAACUUUUUAAAGUAUUUACAGUCGGUUGUUUCUCUGUUCAGGCGGCGUUCACACUUCCUCAGUCUCCGAACCCUCUAAAGCUGUUUUUGUGUCACCUGACUGACUGUAUUUAGCUCCAUCACAGCUUCUUCUGAUGCACCAAGUUGUGGUAUUUCCACACGGGUUGCUCCAUCAAAACGCUCCGCAUCUGUUCAUUCAGUCCUUCGGGUUUAUGGGGAUUCAGUUGUUUAAGUCGGUCAGUAGGGAUGGCUGCAAGAGGGAUCUUAUCACUUCUGUUUCUAUCAUUGAUUCUUCUUAUCAAUCCCGUUUGUUGAGUCUGUACGACUAAAAAAGAAGCCCCCAGUCCGACCAUUCCUGUAACUUUCCGACACCGGCGGUCCGACGUUCUCGCCGAUUUCGUGCUGCUGUUUGGUCCGCUGGGUGGAGGUGAGAAAAGAGUCUCUCCUUUUUUAAUUUCUCACAUUUAUGUCACAUUAACCCUCGUGUUGUCUUUCCGUCAAAAUUGAAAAUCAACACUUUUGUUGACGCUUUGUUAUCGAUGUUUUUAACUUUUUCUUACGUUUUUGUCCCUUUUAUCCACACCAUUUAGUUUUACAGUUA